ACGCUCCGGCUGUCAGGAGGAUACAGCCUUGUCAUGUGUUGUGGAGAUUUUUGUAGUAAACAAGUCCCACUUCUUGGAAAGUGCAUUUUGUGAACUGUUUGUGCAGGACCUGCACUGUGUCUAUUGUUGUUCACCCUUUGUCCGGUUACAUGACUGUUCAUUUCUCUCUGAUAAAGCUCUUGUUUUUAAGACAAUAAAUGCAACGGAUUAACUGCGGUGCACCUGUGGAUUUUAGUAUUGACCCCAAGUCAGGACACAUGAAGAAUCGAGGCAGGGGCCUGAAGAAUGCUGGCAUCAAAAUAAAGAUCCCUAAUGAGGCCCCUCCUAGCCCCCAACCUCCGCAUCCUGACCUUGACUCGAAGACGACGUUGAAAAUCGGAGACAGGACAGUCGAAUGUGAUGCCACCGACUUGCAACCAAUGCAUGUUCUCGGCAGAGGAGCAUAUGGCGUCGUCGAGAAAAUGUUACACCGCAAGAGUGGCACGAUUCUCGCUGUUAAGAGAAUAAUGGCAACAGUGAACAAUAUUGAAGAAAAGCGGUUGUUGAUGGAUUUGGAUGUGAACAUGAGAAGUGGUUCAUGUCCGUAUACCGUGCAUUUCUAUGGUGCUCUCUUUAGAGAGGGUGAUGUUUGGAUCUGCAUGGAGGUGAUGGAAACAUCACUAGAUAAAUUCUAUAAAAAGAUUUAUGCAAAUGGCGAAACGAUACCUGAGGAAGUUCUAGCCAAAAUAGCAUUUUCUGUGGUUCAGGCGUUACACUAUUUACACUCAGAGUUGAAGGUGAUACACAGAGACGUGAAGCCAUCAAACAUCCUCAUCAAUCGGCAGGGAGAAGUGAAAAUCUGUGACUUCGGCAUCAGCGGCCACCUGGUCGAUUCCAUAGCUCGAACAAAGGAGGCUGGGUGCAAGCCGUACAUGGGACCUGAGAGAAUCAACCCUGAUCCUUCUGUUCAAGGUCAAGGCUACGACAUUAGAUCUGAUGUGUGGAGUUUAGGAAUUACUAUGAUUGAGUUGGCAACAGGAGUGUUCCCGUUCUCCAGCUGGAAAACACCGUUUGACCAGAUAAAACAGGUCGUAAUGGAACCCCCUCCACAGCUACCCCCCAACAGGUUUAGCCAGGAGUUUGAGUACUUCAUUGUCAACUGCCUGAAGAAAGAGUACAAGGAACGUCCCAACUACAUGGAGUUGAUGCAAUACGCAUUUGUGAAGCGUGGCGAGGAGCAGGUUAUUGACAUGGCCAGCUACGUGUGUGGCGUGCUCGACAAAUACGGUGACCUCAACGAGACCGGGAAGUGAUGACGACCUCAUGACCUUACGCCUCGAAUACAAUCAUCUCAACACAUCGCAGUUAAUACGGAGUCAUUCCAUACAGGCUGGUGUGAUAAACGUGAUAACACACUACAUAUCCGUGUGUGCCUGGGUUCAGACACGCACAUGUCUUCAACAGGAAUAGAAACUUGUACAGAGAUUCAGUCGCAGAUGAAUGCUAAUUGUACAGAGUAACUACAGAUGAAUAUAUUAAUUGUUGUACAAAGACUCGAGUUACAAAUAUUAAUUGUCUAAGAGUAAUGGACAGAUGAGAAUAUAUUAAUUGUACAAAGACUCUCAAGUUACAGAUAUCAGUUAUAAAGAGUAACGGACAGAUGUAUAUUAAUUGUACAAAGACUUGGUUACAAAUGGAUAUAUUAGUUGUACAAAGACUCAUUUGCAAGUGACUGAAACUGUGUGAUGGCCGAAUGUGAGACAAGUUAGAAAAUUAGAGCAAGGCUGGAGUCUUACUUCACCACCGUUAAAUCAUGUGCCUCUUGAGACGCGACUUUUACUGGUGUAUAUAGAUGAGCUUUCAACGGAACAAGUUUCCAAACAUUUAUUAUGAAAUUUUAUAUAACACAAAGUCUAUUUUUAAUGCUGCUUUUAUAUCCUGUACAUACAUAAAAUAUAUAUAAAAAGACAUAUUUAACUCGAAGUUAGUCUUUUGACUUUAUUGAUAUCUUAGCAGGUUAUAGCCGUUUAUAUUUGCUGCUAGCACGGCACAUCUAAAAACUGACAAAAAGAACAUUCUUGAGUAAUUCGAUGUCUUGGCUAAUAAUAACCAUGUAUAUAGAGUAAAUACACCAAUAAAAUCUUUCUAACUCUCAGUGAAACACAUAUGAUGUUUGAAAAGUUUCAGAUUAAAAUUAAAUUUAGAUAAAGCUGAAAGGACACACUAAUGAAAUUUAUCUACUUUUCAGUUGGUACACCUGUAAAUUCCUGCAACUGUUUGAAUAGGUUACGUAAGGCUGUUUAUACUGCAUAAUUUAUCAAAUUAUCACAUUUAAAUGUUUUGUGUACAUUGUAAUUAUGUGUUAGAUGAAGAUCAAAGCAUUAAGUUGUUGACAUGUAAAUAUUGUUAUGGUUUUGUUUGGUUCGGUGUGCAAACACAGUAAGGCGCAACAAGACUGGAUGAUUUAACAUGCCAAAACUGAAAUUUUUACCAAUAAUCAUGCAUCAAGUGGUUUGAGUGUAUGUGUGUAGUUAUUUAUCAAAUGUAAAUACUUUGUACAUAUUAAAUGAAUUAAUUGAUUUUUAGUUAAUAAAACUUUUAAAUGUGUAAAUAAUAUUUAAUAAUUUUGAAAGUAUUGGCUAUUGUGUUUAACAGUUACGGCAGACCCGUGUGAAGUUGUCAGUAAUAAACUCUCAUUAACUGUGGGACCAUUGAACAAUUACAUAAUGCAAAAUGAAAUUCAAAUCUCUUUGCUGUAGAAAUUUUAUACAUACAAUAACAAAAUACUUUCCCGAGGAAAUUUGGUACAGUAACAACUAAAUAAAUACCCAAUAAUUAUUUUUUUAAUAUAAAUUUAUAAUUAAAAUUUUCAACUGCUUUUGUGAAUUUUGGUCUGAAAACUCAGGCAUUUUUUAAAAACCUCCACCCAUCUAACUUUCUUUUAACACUUGUCAACACUAACACUACCACUAAUGUAAUUUGACAAACAUUAUUUUAUUGUUUGUAUUUCCAUUUGGAUUUCUUUGGAAAUAAAUACUAGAUUAAAAAAAUCAUGUUAAUGAACAAAAUAACCAUGACCAUUUGCAUAUGAUAUUAUUAUUAACUCUUGCCAAACAUCAAUCUCCCUCCCCAAUAAUGUUUUAUAAGGGCACAAUACUCAACGAGCUUUAUGUAAUUGUUGAAUGGUCCCUAACAUUUCAAAGAAUACUUUAUUAGUGUAGAAAAACUAUGUGGCAAAGGAAGCCCCAAUUUUUCAAGCUAUUUGCUCGAAUUGUUUAAUCAAUUCAUACUUUUAAUCAGACUGUGUUAUAUCAUUAGUAGCUAAGACAUUUAUCUGUAAAUAUUUAAAAAAACAAAACCCAGAAAAACAUAUUUAUAUAUUUUAAAAUAUUUUAUUUUGUUUUGCUUUUGGUUGCAUUUGCUGUUGUAUUUAUUUUCCUGUUGUUAAGUUAGUACAUUUGAUUACUCUGUAUGUUGUGGAGAAGAUGCUGGUGAAAUGUUUUUGUUUUGUUAAUCACAUUUAGAGGUCCGUGUCACCUUGCAUCUCACCACAGCACCUGAAGUGAUUGGUGUACAUCUACGCCCUGUCUUAGAUCAGACUACAUUAUGCGAUUAGUUGCACGUCAUCAAAUCGUACUUUAGAGGUCCGUGUCACCUUGCAUCUCACCACAGCACCUGAAGUGAUUGGUGUACACCUACGCCCUGUCUUAGAUCAGACUACAUUAUGCGAUUAGUUGCACGUCAUCAAAUCGUACUUUAGAGGUCCGUGUCACCUUGCAUCUCACCACAGCACCUGAAGUGAUUGGUGUACACCUACGCCCUGUCUUAGAUCAGACUACAUUAUGCGAUUAGUUGCACAUCAUCAAAUCGUACUUUAGAGGUCCGUGUCACCUUGCAUCUCACCACAGCACCUGAAGUGAUUGGUGUACACCUACGCCCUGUCUUAGAUCAGACUACAUUAUGCGAUUAGUUGCACGUCAUCAAAUCGUACUUUGAGAACACCUUAAUCUUUAGUCUAAUACUUUCCGAAUUUUGUAAUCACAUAAUGAGAACGCUGCUUAAGGGGUACAAAUUUUGAAAUACUAGUAUUUGGACUGGCCUUGAAGCUAGAAGCCUAUAGAAUUUGACUCUUGUUAUUAUUGUAACUAAUGUAUAUGCAAUAUUUGUAAAUCAUCACGAAAAAACAAUAGGAUUGGGGGGGGGGGGGGUCACUUGGUUUAUGGGUCUGUCAUCCCUAAAUAUAAAAUUUUAAGAGAAAAAUUAAAUUAACAUUAGAAAAUAGGAACUCAUUUAAAUUAUACUGGUCCCCAGCAAGUUCUAUUCAUCAGGGGCAAGUGUUAAUUUUUACACUUAGUAUAAACGGUGCAGACAUUCUCAGUGAUGGUUUAACGUUAACUAUUUACUACGUAAGAUUUCAGAUGAGGCGAGGUAGAUUUACAUUAUCUCUGGGAAAGGGCGAGUAUCAGUGAUAUCGCCUAUUAAGGGAUUUUCAGUCGGGGGGGGGGGGGGGGGGGGGAGUUGUUAAGAGAUGCCUUUCCCAUGGCCAUCUGCUGUGGAUGGCUUCAGUUGGGGCUGUAACAGUAUCAUAUCACCUAUAUGGGUGGGAGUGGUCAAGAGAUGCCUUUCCCAUGGCCAUCUGCUGUGGAUGGCUUCAGUUGGUGCUGUAACAGUAUCAUAUCACCUAUAUGGGUGGGAGUGGUCAAGAGAUGCCUUCCACGUGGCCAUCUGCUGUGGAUGGUUUUACGUGGGGCUGUAACAGUAUCACAUCACCUGUAUGAAGGGGGGGUGGAGUUAUUAAGAGAUGCCUUUCCCGUGGCCAUCUGCUGUGGAUGGCUUCAGAUGGGGUUUAACAGAAUCACAUCACCUGUAUUAUGUAGUUGUAGAAUUGUUUGUGCUCCAGUCAGGUGUAAAAAUACUUAUCAACUUGUUUGAAUAAAUGAGCACUAAUUCUUCUAA